CGCAGAUUACCCAUUCAACGCACACAUAAUCCCCAAAGCAACAAUCUCUUUAAAAUGCCCUAAAGCUCACCAACACAUAUUCCUCUCUUCCAACAAUGGCUUUUGGCAAUAUCCAAGAACCAGACGGAGAGAUCCUAAAGAAUGUUUGGGCGAAUUUCAUCAGAACACCACAAACCGAUAAAGGAUCUAUUCAUGUUUCAGAAGUUUCAAGAACUUGGGAAACGUUGCCUACCCUUGAUGACAUACCAGAAGGUUCUAAAGAAAGGUAUCCAAGCCUAGAUAUGUCAAUGGAGGCCCAGGAAUGGACAGAGAUUCUCGACGCGAUUGCUUCUUUCCCGAGCGAAACCAAUCAUGAACCACUAACCAACCCUACCACCGAUUCUUGUUUUUUGCCUUCUCGGGUUUCUUGCAAAACAAGAAAAUACAGGGGAGUGCGGAGGCGUCCGUGGGGGAAAUUCGCAGCCGAAAUCAGGGAUUCGACAAGAAACGGCGUUAGGAUUUGGCUCGGAACGUUCCAAACAGCAGAAGAAGCAGCUAUGGCUUACGAUAAAGCCGCAGUUAGAAUUAGAGGAACUCAAAAAGCUCACACAAAUUUUCAGCUUGAGACGGUUAUAAAAGCUAUGGAAAUGGAUUGCAACUCAAACUACUACCCGAUAAACAGCUCAAAUACGUCUCAACCAUUAAGAAGCGGCCACAAAAUUGGAUUGAGAACGAGAAAAGAGGCGAUUAGGGCUUAUGAUGAAGUCGUUGAUGGGAUGGUUGAAAACCAGUGUGCCCUUAGUUGUUGUUCAACUAAGAAGUACUCGUGUGGGCUGCUUGGGAGUGAAGAAACUUGGUUAGGUUCAAGAAAGAGACGAAGGAGUGACAAAGAUUGUAUGUUUGAAGAAGUUGAAAUGCAGAAGAUGACCUUUGAGAUCACUAUAUCACAAAUGGAGCUCAAUUUUUCUUCAAUGGCUUUAACCAACCCCAAAAUCCCUUCUUUCGGGUUUUCACCCACCGGAAUAUUCCUAAACCCAUCAAAAUCAGUGCGUUUGGCUUCUCAUCAUCGGCUUCCGAGAGUUUCAUGCUCUGUUUCUACUACUGAUUCUCCCAAGCUAGUGACUUCAAGAAAGGUGGUGGAAAUGGCUGGAGUGAGCUCUAGAGACUUGGAGAUGUCGAAUUUAACGGCAUUGUCGCCUUUGGAUGGACGUUAUUGGGGAAAAGUUAAGGACUUGGCUUCUUCUCUGAGCGAGUUUGGGUUGAUCUAUUUCCGAGUUCUUGUCGAGAUCAAAUGGCUUCUUAAGCUUUCGAGUAUUCCUGAAGUCACUGAAGUUCCAAGCUUUAGCAAAGAAGCUCAGAGUUACUUGCAAGGCAUAAUCGAUGGAUUUAGCUUGGAUGAUGCAUUGGAAAUUAAGAAGAUUGAGAGAGUAACAAAUCACGAUGUGAAAGCAGUGGAGUAUUUCUUGAAACAAAAGUGUGAAUCACAACCAGAGAUUGCUAAGGUUCUUGAGUUUUUCCAUUUUGCUUGCACGUCCGAGGACAUCAACAAUCUUUCCCAUGCUUUGAUGCUUCAAGAAUCACUUAGUUCGGUUAUACUUCCGUCCAUGGAUGAGCUGAUCAAGUCUAUCUCUCUGAUGGCUAAGAACUUUGCGUAUGUCCCCAUGCUUUCACGAACUCAUGGGCAGCCAGCUACGCCAACAACUUUGGGAAAAGAAAUGGCGAUUUUUGCUGUGAGGUUAAGCGAAGAAAGGAGAUAUCUUUCUGAAACUAAGAUUAAGGGGAAAUUUGCGGGUGCUGUUGGGAACUACAACGCCCAUAUUUCCGCAUAUUCGAAUAUCGACUGGCCUCAUGUUGCAGAGGAGUUUGUUACUUCUCUUGGAUUAACAUUCAACCCAUACGUGACUCAGAUCGAACCUCAUGACUAUAUGGCUAGACUUUUUAAUAAUAUUAGCCAAUUCAACAAUAUUUUAAUUGAUUUUGACAGAGAUAUAUGGAGCUACAUAUCCCUGGGGUACUUUAAGCAGACAACUAAAGCGGGUGAAAUUGGAUCAUCGACAAUGCCUCACAAAGUGAAUCCUAUUGACUUUGAGAACAGCGAAGGGAACCUAGGGAAAGCUAACGCAGAGCUUACUUUUCUCAGCAUGAAGCUUCCCAUUUCACGGAUGCAGCGUGAUUUAACUGAUUCAACUGUCUUGAGAAACAUGGGUGGAGCUUUAGGACACUCUCUUCUCGCUUACAAGAGUGCGAUACAGGGAAUCGGGAAGCUUCAGGUUAAUGAAGCUCGGUUAAAAGAAGAUUUGGAUGAUAAUUGGGAAGUCCUCGCUGAACCGAUACAAACUGUGAUGAGGAGAUACGGUGUCCCUGAGCCGUAUGAGAAGCUGAAGGAGCUAACAAGAGGAAAAGCUGUGAAUGAAGAAAGCAUAAGAACGUUUAUCAAAGGUUUGGAAUUGCCUGCAGAAGCAAAAGACCAACUUUUGGAACUAACUCCACACACAUAUGUUGGUGCUGCUGCUGCAUUGGCACUAGCCGUGGAUGAAGCUUUGCACUUGGGACAUUGAUGAUGAUCAAAGUGGUGAUAGAUUGUCCUCUUGUAUUAUGGUACUCUUUUCCAAAUCAAUGGAAAACAGAGUCAAUUUAUAUAUAGAUCGAUGACUUGGACGUUGUCGUUUAAAAUGUUGAGAAAAAUCUUGUACCAUUGUUGUGUUAUGUUAUGUUUCCUCUUUGAGUUUUUUGCCAUCACCAAUCAAUCCAGAGCCUGUCUUUGAUCUAAGUCUUGAACUAUAAGUUGUGGUCAAUAAUUCUCGAACCAAUAAAAAUUAUUGUAUUUU